AUGGCUGCGAUUUCUUCACCAAUUAGUAAUCGUCUACUCCUUAUAAACUUCACUUCUGUCCAACUUUUCAACAACAUGUCUACUCAAUUGAAACUCUACACUGCCAAGACUCCCAAUGGGAUCAAAGUCUCCAUUCUUCUUGAGCUUCUUGGCUUGAAAUAUGACUACCAGCAACUCAGUAUUGCCAACAAUGGAACGAAAGAACCUUGGUUUAUUGCCAAAAACCCCAAUGGCAGAAUUCCAACUUUGGAGGACAAGUCUACUGGAAUCACCAUCAGUGAAUCUGGAGCAAUUUUGCAGUACUUGGUCGACACUUACGACAAGGACCAUAAGUUUUCGUACAAGCAUGGUACCAAGGAGUACUAUUUGCAAUUGGAGACCCUUUUUUGGCAGAUGGCAGGAUUGGGACCAAUGCAGGGACAGGCCAAUCAUUUCAAGAUCUAUGCUCCGGAAACGGUUCCUUAUGGUAUCAACCGGUAUAUUAAUGAAACCAAGAGAUUGUAUUCCGUUCUUGAGAUUUUCUUGAAAAAUAACGAAAAGAACGGUCCCUAUUUGGUGGGUGAUCACUUGAGUAUCAGUGACAUUGCGAGCUUCGGGUGGGCUAAAGCCGCCGAAAAAUUGGGUAUCUCGUUUAGCGAAUGGCCUUUGGUUGACAAAUGGUUUAAGAACAUUGAUUCGAUCCCCGAGGUUCAAAAGGGUAUUGAUUUUGAUUCGUAA